CCCGUCCCGCACGUGCGCAGCCGGGGCCGUCGCAAAACCGACCAGAGCCGUUUUCGGGUUCGCAGGCUGGCAUACACCAGCAGACUACACAACCUUAUUUUAUAUCUUCCCACCGAACUUUCUCGUGCAUACUUGUGUGUACAGGUGUGCACAACUCCAUGGCGUGCUCACGCCUUCUGGCGCUUGCGCUGGUGGGCGUCGUCGAUGUCUGCCAGGGCAUCACGUUCCGUGCUGAUGCGUCCAGAGGACUCACCAGAGGACUCACUCCGGAGUGGAUUGAGAACGUUUCGUUCGUACUACCCAUGGACUUCACCCCUUUGGACAAUCAGACUUCCUUCUACAAGGAGUUGCAGUAUCCUCAUCAUCACACGGCCGUCGUCACAUUUGCAGGCAGGAAGAACACGGAAUACCUCGAUGGGGCGGUGAUGCUGGGCAUGUCCAUCCAGAAGUACCUGCCAGAAUAUGUCAGGGUGGCCAUGAUCAUCGAGGGCAUGACCUCGAAGAACCAGGGCCUCCUUAAAAAGGCUGGGUGGAAGUUGAUCACUGUGCCAAACUGGGAAAAGGAGUAUUGCGGAGACGACUGUGAGCAGGAGUUUUUGGGGCGUUGGCAUGAUAGUUUCGAGAAGAUUAAUGCUUUCCGCCUGCCCUUUAAGCGGGUGCUGUUCAUGGACUCGGACACAUACAUUUUUAGGCACCGCGUCAAUUACCUGGUGUCCGAAUUGCAGCUGCCCACCGUUGACCACAUCGCCAUGGCUAAGGACGGCUGCAAGGACGAGUACAACAGCGGGGUGAUGGUCUUCAAGCCUGACCUCGAGGUGUUUAAGGCGAUGCUCCUGAUGGUCACGCAGCGCCGGCGGGAACAGAUCCUUGACCAGACCCUGAUCAAUGACUACUACAAAGGCAAGAUCUUUCCGAUCGACCGCAUGUUCAACUGCGUGGACACGGUGGGCAUCCAGCCAGGCCAGACAAAGCCUUGCGAGCACCACUGCAGCAAGAACGCCGUGAUCGCCCACUUCACCGGUCAUCCGAAGCCCACCUCCCCCAAGAGGCGACUGUUCGGGUUAGACACCGUCGUCAUCGUCGUCGUCCUUCUCCUCUUGCCCAUUCCUCCUCCCUGGGAA